AUGGCAGUGGUUUCUCUGUAUAUCACCAGGGAAGUAGCUCUGAGGUCUGGCCUGUUUGGGUUGUUGGGCGAUGCGCCUGUUCAGAUGGUUGAUGCGCACUAUCCAGCUGCGUCCAGCUAUUGCUCGCCCGGCCGAGGACAACGCCAGAAGCAGUAUACCUGCGUAGUAGCCAUUGUAGGCAUCUGCGCCAACGCUCGGAUUGGAUGCGCGGAAGACAAGACCCGCGUUACCAGAGUUGAUGGCAGCGUGACAUCGGCCUCGAAGAAGAAGUUUCCGAAGUUGCUGUUCUUCAACUGCGGGAUGGAGAUUGUCAACAACGGCAAUGCACCCUCUCAGUUAAAGAGCGUCGGCUAUUUCGAGGCGUUCGACCAGCUGAGGGCGUGUCUGCGAAUGAGCGUCACCGAGAUCCCGGCCAAUAAGUACUCGCACAUCCACUUUGCAUUUGCCACGGUCACACCCAGUUUUGACGUGGAUAUCUCAAGCGUCGAGGACGAAUACAAAAAAAUCGUAAGGAUGACCGGCUUUAAAAAGAUUCUCUCCUUCAGAGAUGCCACCAAGCAGGAGCAUCGCGACACAUUUGUCAAUAACCUGGUGAGCUUCAUGAGCUGGCAAGACCUGGAUGGCUUUGACUUUGACUGGGAGUAUCCUGGUGCACUUGAUAUUCUGGAUAUCGCGCCUGGAAGCCCUGACGAAGGCAAAAAUUACCUUGCUUUCCUGUAG